AUUAAAUUAACCAUUAUAAAAAUUAUAUUAAUAAUCCCCUCAAUAACAUUAUUUAUAAAAACCCCUAUGUCUAUAGGAGUUAUACUAUUAAUACAAACUAUCAUAGCAACAAUACUAACCUCUAAAAUUAUAUUAUCAUCAUGGAUUUCUAUAGUAAUAUUUCUAAUAUUAGUGGGUGGGCUGUUAAUUUUAUUUAUAUACAUAAGUAGAAUCGCAUCUAACGAAAAAUUUAAAAUAAAUUAUAAAAUAUUUAUACUAUUUAUUAUUAUAUUUGUACCCACUGAAGAAUUAAUAUCAGAAAUUCAAAUUAAUGAAAAUGAAAUUUAUAUAUCAAAAAAUGAAAUAUUAACAUUCAUAAAAAUAUAUAACAAAAAAACAAUAAUAAUCACCAUCAUAGUAUUUAUUUAUAUACUUUUAACUAUAAUUAUUGUAACUAAAAUUGUUAAAAUUAAUAAGGGACCAUUGCGAGCUAAAUAA